AUGUUAUUGGGUGACGCUCAAGCCCUCGCCGCGAAGGGCGCGGAGCUCCGUCAGGUUAGCGAGACGGAUCCCUUCCCGUCCCUCCUCAAGGUACUUGAAGGUGUGAAUGUCGUCGUGAACCUACUUCCAGGCGGGGCGUCGCGUGACCUCAUGGAUGCUCUGAUCCAAGCCGUUGUACAGCGCCACGUGAAAGUUUACUUCCCCACUGAAUUCGGUGUUGACCGUCGCAAGGAUUAUUGGGCCUGGAGCCAGCGCGAGUCGGCUGACAAGAAUGCCCACGACCGCAAGACGCGCGACCUCGGCCAGGGAAAACUCAAGUUUGUUGAUGUUUACAGCGGGCUCUUCCUCGAGAUGUAUUUUGCGUCAUUCUUUGGCUUUGACCACAACACCUACACCUCCCUCGGUACUCGUGAUAAGAAGAUAACAUUCACGUCGAAGGCAGACAUCGGGCGCGCUCUCGCGGAGCUCUCCAUUCUGGUUCUAACGCCUGCUAUAUCGGCGCGCGUCCCAGACCAAAUCCGGAUCUCCGGCUCUGCCAUCAGUUUCACGGACGCGCGCGACAUCGUGCAGCGCGUUAGAAGGGAGUUCGGGAACAUAAGUGAAGUUUCUUUGAAAGGCGUCGACCUUGAGACCACCAGGAAGGGGGUGCAGGAGUCGCUCGCCAAUAACUCGAACUUCUCCCCUAUUCCCCUUCUUCAUCUUACUCUCAAUGAAGGGCAAAUUGACUUUUCGGAUAACGACAACGAGCUCGUCAAUCCGAACCAGAGUGUCUGGAAGUGGAAGACAGUGGAGGACCUUACGCGCGAGAGGAAGGGCUUCGCUUAA